GUUGACUACAAUCAACCUAGAGGACACAAGAAAUGUCAUCAAAUGAAGAAUUCAACCCUUUUCAUGGCACCAUCAGGUGAUAUAUAUAUAAUACAAUCAAAACUCACAGUCGUAGCUUAUAUAGACGUAGAGACGGAGAAAAGAUCGGUUGUAUGAAAGUUGUCUGGCAGCCGAGCCGAGGCAUUCAUCAUGUCUUUGGGAUAUGCAGAGAAGCUGUCAUACAGGGAGGAUAUUGGUAAUGUGGGAAUGUCAGAGCUGUUUGAUCCUCCUCACACUCUCCAGGCCAAGAUAGAGGAGCUGGCAAAACUCAUCGAAGAGAGCAAACACCUAGUUGCUUUCACUGGUGCUGGCAUCUCUACAUCAUGUGGUAUUCCUGACUUUCGUGGACCAACGGGUAUUUGGACUCUUCAGCGUCAAGGGAAACCACUGCCAAAAGCGGACAUGCCAUUUCAUCGAGCAAUGCCAGGUCUUACACAUAUGGCACUGGCAGAACUAGAGAAGGCUGGAAUAUUGAAAUUUGUCAUUAGUCAGAACAUAGAUGGACUGCAUCUGCGAUCUGGUAUACCAAGGGAGAAGCUUGCUGAGUUACAUGGGAACUCUUUUAGGGAGAUUUGCUCCUCAUGUGGUAAAGAGUAUGUCCGGGACUUUGAGGUGGAGACUAUAGGACUGAAGGAGACUGGGCGGCGUUGUUCUGAUCUAAAUUGUGGUGGGAAACUCAAGGACACAGUUCUUGAUUGGGAGGAUGCAUUGCCAUCAAAAGAGAUGAAUCCUGCGGAGAAGCAUUGUAAGAUGGCCGAUCUGAUCAUAUGCUUAGGAACUAGCCUGCAGAUUACUCCUGCAUGCAACUUGCCCUUAAAAUCUGUUCGUGGUGGCGGCAAGCUUGUAAUUGUCAAUCUUCAGCCAACUCCAAAGGACAAGAAAGCAGCUUUGCUGAUACAUGCCCAAGUCGACAAGGUCAUUGCUGGUGUAAUGCAGUUUCUGAAUUACAAAAUUCCUCCAUUUGUUCGAGUGGACUGCAUCCAAGUUAGUUUAUCCUAUCCUUCAAAGAAGAAAAGGUAUGCAAAGUGGAAGUUGAGGAUCUCAAGUGUACAUGGAAAUAAUGCAGCCUUGCCUUUUAUCAAAUCUGUGGAGGCAAGCUUUCCAGAUAGGCCUCAUCUAAAGUCUGCUUUCUUGACAGAUCAGCCCUUUAAACUACAGAGGGAGACUUUGAGAUCAAAACCAUUCAGAGUUUUCUUGAAGCUUAAUUUUGGCAAUGGGUGUGACUGUUCAUCAGUUCAACUGGAUUAUCCCAUUGAUUUUCAGGACACCAUCGAAUAUUUUGAACAUGGAAAAGGCAAUGUAAUUGAGACUUUAAGGAAUAGAGCACUAGAGGAUGCAACAUGUGGACACGUUUCUCCAAUACAGAGGAAACAAAUGUUACAUUCCAAAGGAACAUAUACUGAUUAUGCCAUUGUCACAAGUCUUGUGAGACAUGAGUAUAUGGCUUCCGAGCCAAUAUCCCCUAUAAGCAAUGGAACCACAGAAAAGAGAGGCAUUGAAUCCAUAGAAGUUGAGGAAGAGGAUUUGGGAAAGAGAAUGAAAGUGGAAUCCUAGCAUUUGGCUGGUUAUGACAGACAUUUAAUUCAACAUUAGUUUUUGAGAAUCCUCCAUUAUUUGGUUGGAUAAGGAUUGAACUUCUAAAUAUGCCAAUUGUUAAGUGAAUUUUGUAACUUUUGUAUCUGUAACUGCAUACUAUUAGUUUUUGGCGAUAUUGAGGUGUAAUAGAUCGAGUUUCAUUCA